UGCCCGCUCUGCCCAAAAUUUUUCACUGAUUCUCUCUCUUUAUCUCUCUCUCUCCCCUGUUACCAUUACUAAAGAAAAGCAGGGGAAGAAGAAGAAGGUAUAGAGAGAGAAAGAGAAAUGGCGGACUGAAUAUCAAUAGCUUCAUGAUUUUCUCUAUCUAAAUCUCUCCAUGGAAUCCAAAUGAUGCUCACGGAUCUCACCGAAAGAAGCUUGAGUUGCAGACAGAGUAAUUGAAGAAAUGACUUCAUCGGCAGUUACAGCAGAGCCAGGAGAUAUCGAGGUUUUUUCAUGGCUCAAAACCCUACCUUUAGCACCUGAGUUUCAUCCUACUUUAGCAGAGUUUCAGGAUCCGAUUGCUUACAUUUUCAAGAUCGAGAAAGAAGCUUCAAAGUAUGGAAUAUGCAAAAUAGUUCCACCCUUACCAGCACCAGCGAAGAAAACCUUAAUUACAAACCUGAACACUUCUAUCGCUGCUCGUUCAACGAGUUCAAACCCUAAAUCUUCUCCAACGUUCACCACAAGGCAGCAGCAGAUCGGGUUCUGUCCGAGGAAGCAUCGGCCAGUUCAGAAGCCAGUUUGGCAGAGUGGUGAAGAUUAUACUGUGUCUCAGUUCACUGCUAAAGCGAAGUUAUUUGAGAAGAAUUACUUGAAGAAGAUUGUUAAGAAGACUCUUUCGCCUUUAGAAAUUGAAACCCUUUAUUGGAAGGCUAAUGGUGAUAAACCUUUUUCGGUUGAGUAUGCUAAUGACAUGCCUGGUUCGGCAUUUGCGCCUUUAAGUGGUAAAAAGGAGACAGGGGAUUAUAUGACGGUUGGAGAUACUGCUUGGAAUAUGAGAGGUGUUUCUAGGGCUAAAGGAUCUUUGUUGAGGUUUAUGAAAGAAGAAAUUCCUGGUGUGACAUCUCCAAUGGUGUAUAUUGCAAUGAUGUUUAGUUGGUUUGCUUGGCAUGUGGAGGAUCAUGAUCUUCAUAGCUUGAAUUAUAUGCAUAUGGGGGCAGGGAAGACGUGGUAUGGAGUUCCUAGGGAUGCUGCAAUCGCCUUUGAAGAUGUGAUCAAGGUUCAGGGAUAUGGAGGAGAGAUUAAUCCUCUUGUGACUUUCGCUAUUCUUGGUGAGAAGACAACGGUGAUGUCGCCAGAAGUACUUAUUAGUGCAGGGGUCCCUUGCUGCAGGUUGGUACAAAAUGCUGGGGAGUUUGUUGUCACUUUCCCUAGAGCAUACCAUUCAGGAUUUAGUCACGGAUUUAAUUGUGGAGAAGCAGCUAAUAUUGCGACUCCUGAAUGGUUGAGAUUUGCAAAAGAAGCUGCAAUUCGUAGGGCUUCAAUCAAUUGUCCACCAAUGGUAUCUAAUUGCCAGUUACUCUAUGACCUUGCAUUAUCACUGUCUUCGAGGUUUUCCAGUGCAAUCAAUUCAGAACCACGGAGUUCAAGGUUAAAGGAUAGAAAGAAGGGUGAGGGUGAAACCCUAAUCAAAGAGUUUUUUGUAGAGGAUGCUAUAAGGAAUAAUGAACUGCUCCAUAUUCUAGGGAAAGGAUCAUCUAUUGUUUUACUUCCGCAAAACUCUUUAGAUGAUGCUGUGGAUUCUACUCUAGACACUGCUUCUCGGUUCAAAGGAAACCCUGGAUUGUCCUUUGGUUUCGGUAGUUCAAUAGAAGAAACAAAGACCUCAGGAAGUUUAGUCUCUGACAAUUUCAUGCUAAACAGGAGAAUGGAAGUCAAGAAGUUGUCAGGCCUCUUUACAGGGAAAGUGAAUGAUACUGUUAAAACCUUUACUUCUCCACCGCUAACAGAAAAAACUUCUCAGGGUAAUAAGUUAUAUGAUAAAGGAUUGUUUUCCUGUGUAACCUGUGGAAUCUUGAGCUUUGCUUGUGUUGCUAUUGUUCAACCUAGAGAAGCAGCGAUUCGGCACUUCAUGUCAGCUGAUUCUAGUAUCUUUAGCAAUAGAGUCAUCGUUUCUGGUUCAACUAAUGAUGGUAUUCCAGUCACCAACAAUCAUUCCAACUUUCCUGUUCACAAAUCAUUUUCUGCAGGACGGGUGGACAAAAGUGUCCGCAAUGGCUUGUUUGAUGUUCCGAUUCAAUCUGUUGAGAAAAUGCAAAUAGAAGAUCGAAGUGAAGCUGUCAUCUCAGAUAUUGAGAUGCAAACAGCCUCCACCGCCCUUGGAUUGUUGGCUUCAGCUUAUGUUGAUUCUUCCGAUUCUGAUGAAGAACAGGUUGGAGACAAAGUCAGAGAACAUUCACCCAAUCUAAGUUUUAGAGCGGAUGAGGACUUCUCUGCGGAGGUUGAAGUUGAGAGUAGCAUUCGCGAUGAAUCGAAUAUUGUUGAAACUGAUGUUACAAAUAGUUCUAAAGUUACCUGCAAGGCUAUAUCUCAUACUUUUGAAAAUGGAUUCGGGUCUGAUGAUGAUUCUUCUAGGUUGCAUGUCUUCUGUCUUCGACAUGCUGCAGAAGUAGAAAAGCUACUUCGUCCAAUUGGUGGAUCUCAUAUUAUGCUUCUCUGCCAUCCAGACUACCCAGAACUCGAGAGUGCUGCAAAGCUAGCUGCUGAUGAACUAGGGAUUGAUUACAUCUGGAAUGACAUCACUUUCAAAGAAGCCACAAAAGAAGAUGAAGAAAAGAUACAAUUAUCCUUAGAAAGCGAAGAAGCUUUACAUGGUAAUGGGGACUGGGCUGUAAAGCUAGACAUCAAUCUUUACUACAGUGCAAUUCUCAGCCGCUCGCCCCUCUACAGUAAGCAGAUGCCUUACAACAGUAUCAUUUACAAAGCAUUUGGUCGUUCUUCCCCUUCUACCCCGAAAAAAAAACUCAAAGUUUACGGGAGAUCAUCAGGAAGACAGAAGAAGAUCAAAAUGGCUGGAAAAUGGUGUGGGAAGGUGUGGAUGUCGAAUCAAGCCCAUCCUUUAUUAGUAGAAAAAGAUUUCGAUGAACAAGAAGAAGACAUAGAACAAGAACAAGAAGAAGUAGAAAAUGAAGAUAGAAGCCUUUACUCUUGGGGAAGGUCUGAAGUGAAGCUCGAGAUUCUAACUGAAAAUGAAACCAGAAAUCGAGAGAUUCCCACUAAGUUGACCAUUGACGUAGCCUCCUCUAGUAGGAGAAGCGCAAGGAAAAGGAAACAAGUGGCGGAGAGUGUUUAUUUGAAAAAGGAGAAACGUUUUAAGAUGGAGGAGUUAUCGGAUGAGAGUCUUGAUCAAAACCAAAUAAGAAGCAGCCUUAGGAACCAACGAAAACUUAAACAAGAAACAGAUAAUGCAGUGAAAACUUCUAAACCCCCUAAAAAACCUCCGGUUGCCAAGUCAGCAGUGAAGAAAGCGGCUAACAUGGAUAGCCAAACAGACGGUAAGAAGAAAAAAGGUUCGGCUGGUCUAUCUACUACUACUAAUAACAAUAAUAAGAAGAAGACAGUAGAAGAUGAAGGCGGAGAGCAUGGUUGUGACAUUGAAGGUUGCAUGAUGAGUUUCGGUUCAAAACAAGAAUUGGUUUUACACAAAAGGAACAUCUGCCCAAUAAAAGGGUGUGGAAAGAAAUUCUUCUCGCACAAGUAUUUGGUUCAGCACAGGCGUGUACAUGUCGAUGAGCGUCCUUUAGGUUGUCCUUGGAAUGGUUGCAAGAUGACAUUCAAAUGGGCUUGGGCAAGAACAGAACAUAUUAGGGUUCAUACAGGUGAAAGACCUUAUGUUUGCACAUCUUCUGGAUGUGGGCAAACGUUUAGGUUCGUUUCGGAUUUCAGUAGGCAUAAGAGGAAGACGGGUCACUCACCUAAGAAGGGUCGAGGGUAAAAAAUGUUGGUUUAAUUCAGAUACUUUUUAACAACUCAAAGUAGAAGAAGAAGAAGAAAGGAUGGGGGAGAUAUCAGUCUCUUCUGAUUAUUGUUGUUUUAUGUUGUUUUAAGAACUAGAAAGAAGAAGAAGAAAAAAAGAAGGGCUCUUUAUUCUUGGCCUAUUUAUUUGUUGUUUCAGAGAAUUUGUACCUAAUUGUUAGAUGUGCCCAUAAACAAACCUAGCUUAUUGAGACCUUUGGAAUUCUAGCAAAAUUGAUUCUUACA